UCAUCUUUACCUGUUCUGUUAACACACAGAAAGUGGGUAGAAGGCCAGGGGCAGGGGUAGACGGGAGUGAGAACUCUGGCCUUAUGAUAGUCAUCCUCGGUCAUCUUGAAGUCACUAUCACUAUCAGGUUUUCAGUUCUUUCAUGACAGACUCCUUCAUGAAUAUGAUGAUGAAUACUUGUUUCAUCAUCUCUGCCUUACAGUAUUUGAACCAAAUUUCAUGGACAUCAGAUAGAAACCAAUGCAGAAGCAUACACUGCUUCUCCGCAUCAAAAUCAUUGAAGAUAUACAGCAACUGUUCCUUGACCAAUCCAUGACUCAUCAUUAUAUAACAUUAUAUAACAAUUCAUGGCAGGAAUUCAGCAACACAUUGAGUGCAUUCGAUCUAAUCCACUAAUCCACAAUACCCAUAUUGCACCAAGCAGGUGGUGUCUGUAGUGCAAUAGCAGAUGUCAAGGAGGAAGGCCUUGGAGUGCAAUCAAUCAGCUUAUCUGAUCUAUUAUAAACAUCCAGCUGAGAGGCAUUCCUCCUAUUUUGCUCAUCUUUCGCUAACGGGGUCUGGCUGUCAUGGCCUUCAAAAUUCCAAAAUUCUGUGUUUCGAAGCGGAGGAAAGCAGACUAUUGUGGACUUCCCCAGUUCGAGUGGGAUGGUUUGUCUAAUCAGGAAGAAAUCGGACGUGGGGCAUUUGGGGCGGUUGUGAGAGCCCGAUACGGAAAUGAAAUAGUUGUCGUGAAACGACUGUUAGAUGAAGACGCUGAGGAAGAGAGGAAUCUUGUUAAGAAAGCAACACUUCUUCAUUCUAUCAACCACAAAUACAUCAGUCGAUUCCGAGCCAUCUCUUCUCGUCCGCUCGCUUUAAUGAUGGACUAUGAAUGUUUUGAUUUUAGUCCUCUUGGCCUACCAAAUAAGGUUCACAAUCUCUUGCAAUGGGUGAAAUUGGUUGACUCAUUUGAAAAUUGCGAUGAAAUAUUGGAUCUCUUUCCUCUAGUGUUCCGACAGAUGUGUGAAGGUUUGGCAUUUCUUCACCAAAAAGGCACUGUGCACCGGGACAUCAAGCCGCAGAACAUCUUGGUGUCAAAUCAACAUUACUGCUUACUAGAUCCAACCACGACAGAAUUUGCUCAAGUUUAUACUUCAGAGCCAAUCACUUGCAAGUUGACCGACUUUGGACUUGGUCGUUCCAACAUUGUUCAGACUCGGACACUUUUGAGGGCCACAACCCAAAAUGUGUUCCGAGGGUCUGUACCGUACAUGGCACCGGAAAUUCUUCUGGAGGAGGAUAGACUCGCUACUGCGUCCCUAGAUGACUUAAAAAGAAUUGACAUUUGGGCUUUGGGGAUGACCUUUUAUAACUUAAUUAAUCCCGAUAUCAAAGUGCCGUUCGCCAGGGAUAUGCGUGAGGUCAAGGAACAAGGCAUCGUCACUCCUGCAACAUUCCAAAAGUUUAUUUGCGACAGGAUUAGAAAUGGAAUGAGACCUCAGCCGUCGCCAAAAUAUGCCGCAAUGCAAAAGACCAAAUGGAGUGCCAUAAGAAAGGCACAACUGCUGUGCACCGUGCUAAACCCUCUCCGUCGACCAAGUGCUCUUGAUCUAAUUGAAAGUGUGCCAUCAGCAGAAAGUCCUCCUCCAGCACCAUCUGAACCAUCUGUGAAAGAAUCGCGACAAAAGCCGACAAGUGUGCCAUCUGCAGAAAGUCCUCCUCCAGCACCAUUUGAACCAUCUGUGAAAGAAUCACGACAAAAGCCGACAAGUGUGCCAUCAGCAGAAAGUCCUCCUCCAGCACCAUUUGAACCAUCUGUGAAAGAAUCACGACAAAAGCCGACAAGUGUGCCAUCAGCAGAAAGUCCUCCUCCAGCACCAUCUGAACCAUCUGUGAAAGAAUCGCGACAAAAGCCGACAAGUGUGCCAUCAGCAGAAAGUCCUCCUCCAGCACCAUCUGAACCAUCUGUGAAAGAAUCGCGACAAAAGCCGACAAGUGUGCCAUCUGCAGAAAGUCCUCCUCCAGCACCAUUUGAACCAUCUGUGAAAGAAUCGCGACAAAAGCCGACAAGAAAUGUCUUUGAUCUAUUUGGAUAUCAAGCCAGCAGAGAAUGUUGGCCUACAGGGAACAAGCUUCAAGUGAAAACGAAUUACGACUUCAUACCCGGGGAUUUCCAUCAGGCCUCAGAGGAUGUAUUCAGUCAUGAUGCCGCUGGUUCCCAGUGCGCCACCAUCAGCGUGAUGGCCGUAAUAGCUUCAUACAUAAAGUCUCCGAAUGAUUGGACUACAAAUGACGUCAAUAAUAUUCUACUACAGGGUGAUCAAGCUCACACAAAAACCCUAGAGAAAUUGGGUUGGCCGUUCUUACGCAGAAAUUCUAAGUUGGAUUUAGAUGAACUUCCAGACACAUUAUAUUGUGGAAUGGAUGGAACUUCAGCUGAAGCAAGCAUCGGGCAUCGUGAUGAUGCCAUAUAUGGAUACGACAUCCGAACCUUAUUGCAAUCGGCAAUAUUACAAAGACCUGACGGUAGUUUCGUAAUAAGAUGCGGUGAUAAAUGUUGUGCAUUCCUGCACUGCCCGGAUGGAAAAUAUUGUCAUUUUGAUAGUCAUGCCUGCAAUUCAGAGGGCGUUCAAGAUCCACUAGGUGCAGCAUGUUUGUUACGUUUCAAGAAUGCUGAGGAAGCAAUCUCUCACAUAGAAGUCAUUGUUGCGGGCUGUGGGGCAGAUGGACAGUUUGAUAUCACACCCGUUUACGUGACCCUGCUUAAUGACACGCAUGAAACAGAUGUAAACGAGUGUCAUGGAGAUGUUUCUGUGUCCCUGAUGGAAGAAACACGUGUAACUGACUCAAAGAUUGAUGAUUCCUGCAGAAGAGACAGCAGUGGUGAUAACUUCCCAGGAUUUGCGCUACCCUCGCCCUUGGUAUACAAUGAAGAUGAAGAUUUACCCAUCUAUGAAUCAGGAAGGAAUACCAGAUACCCAGUCAGUGAGGCUGUAACAAUCUUGUUGUAUGGUAAAAAGUCAUGUUGUUCGAAGGUACCACUGAUGGUAAGGCACAAUUUAGCCUUUCUCAUUGAUGUUUCAAAACUUAGUGAUGUAAAUGAUGUAAAGUCUGACAUGAAUGGCACAUUGCCGCAUGUGCUUCGCAUUGCCAUAUGGACGAUACAGGUUACCGGGUCUGAAAAUUAACCUGUCAUCGAGGUCUUGCAUAAGAAGAGGAUGCCCAUGGGGAAUGACGCUCAGUGCCAUCUAUUCAUUAAUUCAAAGAGAAACGAUCAUGGCCUGUCCCGAUCAAUUUUCUACA